AUGUCUACUGCGCAUAUAGUCAAACGGGUGUUAGUUUGUCCAGGUCAAGGAAAAACUGAUGCUAAAGGGCUUUUAAGUAUUUCUAAAUAUGCUACUAAGAAAUUGAUUUCCAAGUUAUUAGAUAGAGCUGAUUUUGUUUUACCUCAGUUAAAGCUCUCUCAGUAUAUUAGGCAUCCGGGCAAUAUUACGGAUGCUUCGGAUCUUCAAAAAACUAUAGUUCAACAGCCAUUACUUAUAUUGACAUCUUAUCUACAGAAUGAGAUGUUUAAGAUUAACCAUAACGGUCUGGAUAUAGUGAAUACCGCCGAUUUUAUGAUUGGCCAUUCUUUAGGAGAAAUUUCAUCGUUGGUAUUGCAGAAAGUGAUUCCAUUUGAAAAGGGGCUUGAAAUCGGCUAUAAAAGAGGACAAUUGAUGCAGUCGAUUGUCGACGGAAACCCUCCCAUGGGAAUGUAUGCUGUACUGUUCCAGCCAUCUCAUUACGACUUGAUAUUGAAGAUGCUGAAUGAGUUGGACGUUAAUAUAGCCAAUUACAACACAUAUAGUCAAGUUACUGUGAGUGGAGAGAAAUCGGAAUUAGCAAGAAAGCUUCUUAUGCUUUCCAAUAUGUUGGCAGAGCAUAAAAUAUGGAAAACACGAGUCAGAUCGGUUGAUUUGCGUGUGCAGAUUCCUUUCCAUCAUCCCAUAUUGGAACCAAUGGAACAAGAUUUGGCUGAAAUAAUUGGUACUGGAAGACUGCCAGCAUUACAGGUACCAGUUAUUUCAAAUUUGGAUGGAGAGAUAGUAUCAGAAAACUCUGAAGAACAGAUUCGAAAGAUUAUUCACGUUACUUCGAGGCCCGUUCAGCUUACCAAAUGCCUUGAGCAUUUUGUUGGUGAUCGGCAGGCUUCUUACGAGUUUUUCCAUUACGGAGCCACUACUCAGGGACUAGUUAGACGAUUCUACGAUGAUUUGUUUAAGCUGAACCGCAUAGAUGAGAAACCUCAUUUCACUAACAAGUUAGUAGCAGAGUAA